AAGACCUGUGACAUCAAGAUCAAGAUUAAGGAAGUAAACACAGGUGCUGGAGGAGUCCGGGGGAGGCUUUCUACACCCCAGGCCACGGUGACACGGCGUGAUUAGAGAAGAAAAUACCACCGGGUGCCUGAGACUACCCCUGUCCCUCCCCUGAGUGAUGGCAUGGGUGCUGGCGGGCGUGGCGUGGGUGCUGGUGGGCGUGGCGGCGGGUUCGCGGUGUCCCGUGGUGAUGCAGACGAGCGGCCAGGUGGAGCGGCGGCUACUCAACGAGGGCUUCCACAGAGAGCUUGAGACGACGCUGUUCCUGUCGGUGCCGGAGAGCCUUGAGUCGUGUGUGGUGCUGCUCAAGGAGACGCUUCCCCCCGGCUGCUACGUCGACCCCCACCAGCUGGCCUUCCUGCGCCGCCUUGGGGGACCUGACUUCUAUGUGCCACAGACGGUCAACGUGGAGACCCCCGAACACCAGUCGCCGCGCAUCAUUGCCUACUUCUUCGUGCCCGCCCAGGAGAUGGAUGACGGGCGCUGGCUGGCCAACAUCACCGUGCCCAUACACAUCCGCUAUCACAGGGCAUGGAGCGGGCAGGAGCACCCCCCCUUAGAGGCUCGGGUGCACAUCACACACCCCACGGUCAUGGUGCACUGUGAAGGUGGGGUGACGGAGGACUGCAGCCCCCUCGUCCAGCUGGAGCCCUGCCCCCCGGCCGGCCCCCAACUCUGCCAGUGGCUCCCUGUGCAUACCUUCAGCACGAGCGAGGGUGUGGUUGCGUCCGUCCCCGUUGGUAACACUGACUUGCUGGAUACGGUUCUGCUCACCACCACCUGCCUCACCGCCGCCGCCACCCUCCUCAUCCUGGCCGCCCUCGCCAAGAAGACUCCACUGCCACCUCCAACACCUUCACCUAACCCUUCCUUCCCUCUGUCCUAACACCACCGACGCCUUCACCUAACCCUUCCUUCCCUCUGUUCUAACACCACAAACUCCACCAUCAACACUGCUUCUACUUCUUUUCUCUUUCUUACUUCCUUAACCUGGUAGCUGCGGGGAUCAUGUUUCUUAAUGGCCCCUCUAAGCGAGAAAAUUGAGAAAAAAUCAUCACUCACGCAAACCAUUUCAUAAUAUGUAUCAACGCAUUUGUGAUCAGUUAAUGCAUCAUCUAUUUGGGGGAUUUAUAUCAAGGUGAAAAUUUUGCCUGUUGCUGAUACAUAGUAAACCCACAAAUAUGGGCCGUUGCUGGUACAGGUAAAGCCACAAAUUUGGGCCGUCGCUGCUACCUAGUUAACCAUUACCACCACCAGUGUUACUUCUUUCCUCUCCCUUAUUUCCCUCUCCAUCACUGCCUUUCCUUACCUUCUCUCUGUUCCUCUUCUCUCCCCCCCACCACCACCAUCACCUUCACCCAACCCUCCCUUCCUUCGUCCCCUCCAUCUGCUCUUUUAUUUCACCUCAUUUCUUUUCUAAACUCUAUAUUCCUCCUACUGUUACAUGCUUAUUUAUCCCUCUUCUGCCACCAUUUAUUCUUUUAUGAGUUGCUAUCAGGCAUUUAUAACUAUCUCCUAACACUCUUAUCCAAAUGUUCCUCUUAUUGCUUCCCAUAACUGCCUUUUAUCCCUCUGUCUGUACUUCAUUUAUCCUCUAAGCUCUUAUUUCCUCUUAGUGUAACUGCUUAUCCCACUCCUGCCACCAUUUAUUCUGUGAGUUGCUAUCAGGCCUUUAUAACUGUCUCCUAACACUCUUAUCCAAACGUUCCUCUUAUUGCUUCUCAUUUCUGCCUUUUAUCCCUCUGUCUGUACUUCAUUUCACUUCAUUUCUCCUCUAAGUUUUUAUUUCCUCUUAGUGUAACUGCUUAUCCCACUCCUGCCACCAUUUAUUCUUCUGUGAGUUGCUAUCAGGCCUUUAUAACUGUCUCCUAACACUCUUCUCCAAAUGUUCCUCUUAUUGCUUCUCAUUUCUGCCUUUUAUCCCUCUGUCUGUACUUCAUUUCACUUCAUUUCUCCUCUAAGUUUUUAUUUCCUCUUAGUGUAAUUGCUUAUCCCACUCCUGACACCAUUUAUUCUUUUAUGAGUUGCUGUCAGGCCUUUAAAACUAUCUCCUAACACUCUUAUUUUAGCAUUUUUCCUUUUCUACCUCCAUCCCCCUCCUAAUCCCUACAUACCCAUCCAUCCAUCCCUGUUUCUUCCAUCCCCUUCCCAUCCCUAUCCAUCUAUCCAUCCCCUGUUUCCUCCCUUCCACUCCCAUCCCUCUCCUUGUUUUCCUCCCCCACUUCCUCCAUCCCUUCCCUUCCCCUCCCACUCAAGAAGGGAGUUAAAUGAUCUAGUCUUCCCCCAGUUAGUCAUAGAUAUUAUAGUUUUGUAUAUAGCUUAGUCUAUUUAUUUGCUUCCAGGCUCUUCAUUGGGUGUCUGAUAUGUGCUGGUGAAUAAAGAUAUGAAAGAUG